AUGGAGGCUAUCAAAAAGGUUUUUGAGAACAAAAAGGCGGAGGGCAUUCCUGCGUUGGUGACCUUUGUUACUGCAGGAUAUCCUCGUCCCGAAGAUACUGUUCCCAUCUUGCUGGCCAUGGAGGCCGGUGGUGCUGAUAUCAUCGAGCUUGGUAUGCCAUUUUCAGACCCAAUUGCAGAUGGUCCUGUCAUCCAGGAAACGAACACAAUCGCCGUUGCAAACCAGGUAGAUUAUACCACUGUUCUCGGACAACUUCGGGAAGCCCGCAAACAAGGGCUCAAGGCACCCGUUCUUCUGAUGGGAUAUUAUAACCCCAUAUUGGCUUACGGAGAAGACAGAUCUAUUCAAGAUGCGGCUGAAGCUGGAGCCAAUGGGUUUAUUAUGGUCGACCUUCCACCCGAGGAGGCUGUCGCUUUUCGAGAGAAAUGUAUCAAAUCCAACCUCUCAUAUGUUCCUCUAAUUGCACCCUCAACGACUCUGUCGCGUAUAAAGUUCCUCUCAACAAUUGCAGACACGUUCAUCUAUGUCGUGUCUAAAAUGGGAACCACCGGAUCCUCAGAGAAGGUUGCCAUGAAUAACGCCCUUCCUACCAUCAUCGAUCGUAUUCGCGAGUACGCUGAAGUUCCUUUAGCAGUCGGAUUUGGAGUCGCCACUCGGGCUCACUUCAACUACGUCGCCGAUUCCGGAGCUGAUGGUGUCGUUAUUGGCACCAAACUCGUUAACGUUAUUAAAGAGUCACCGCAAGGGGAAGCACCCAAAAAUGUUGAGGCAUACUGCCGUGAGAUGAGCCAAAAGGGAGAAACAAAUCGCGUCAAAUCUCCACCAACUGCCCGUGCCGCCAGCUCCGAAUCAAUUCCUGUUGUUGUUCCUUCUGUUCUCCCCGCACGUUUCGGAGAAUUCGGAGGACAAUACGUUCCCGAAGCUCUUGUCGAUUGUCUGGUUGAACUAGAAGAAGCUCACAAAUCUGCCAUGGCUGAUCCUGAAUUCCAGAAGGAACUACAAUCGCAUGCCGGAUAUGCAAAUCGUCCUUCACAAAUAUACCUCGCCGAAAAUCUCACCAAGGAUGCUGGGGGUGCAAAUAUUUGGUUGAAACGUGAAGAUUUGAACCACACAGGUUCCCACAAAAUCAAUAACGCUUUGGGACAAAUUCUGCUUGCCCGGAGAAUCGGAAAGACCAGAAUUAUCGCAGAAACAGGUGCCGGCCAGCAUGGUGUUGCAACAGCGACUGUUUGCGCUAAGUUUGGAAUGGAAUGUGUUAUCUACAUGGGCGCAGAAGAUGUGCGACGGCAAGCUCUAAAUGUAUUCAGGAUUGAGAUGCUAGGAGCAAAAGUUGUUCCUGUUACUUCAGGAUCAUGCACAUUGAAGGACGCUGUAAACGAGGCCUUCCGUGACUGGGUGACAAACCUUUCUACGACGCAUUAUUUGGUUGGCUCUGUAAUUGGACCUCAUCCCUUCCCCACCAUUGUCCGAGAUUUCCAAAAGGUCAUUGGUCAAGAGAUCAAGGCUCAGAUGUUGGCCGCCCGCGGCAAACUUCCUGAUGUCGUCGUCGCUUGUGUUGGUGGAGGAAGCAAUGCUAUCGGUACGUUCUAUGAUUUUAUUGGCGACAAGAGUGUACGUCUAGUUGGGGUGGAAGCAGGAGGAGAAGGUAUUGACGGAGACCGACAUAGCGCCACACUUUCGAUGGGGCAACCGGGAGUACUUCACGGUGUUAGAACAUAUAUUCUACAAGACAAGGCCGGUCAAAUCAUCGAGACGCACUCAAUCAGCGCUGGAUUGGAUUAUCCCGGCGUUGGACCAGAACAUGCUUGGCUAAAGGACUCUAAAAGAGCAGAAUAUGUUGUCGCCACAGACGAAGAAGCACUUCGCGGUUUCCGUAUGCUAACACAAAGGGAGGGAAUUAUUCCUGCCCUUGAAUCUUCCCAUGCGAUCUGGGAGGCCGUCAGGAUUGCCCGCACCAUGUCGAAGGACCAGGAUCUUGUUGUGUGUUUGUCUGGCCGAGGUGAUAAAGACGUUGAGCAAAUUUCUCAACUUCUUCCCAAGUGGGCGGAUAUUCUAGACUGGCAUGUUUCUUCCCAUGCCGUUGGACACACAACAAAAUUCUAA